CGCGGUCGCCAGGGAAACCCCGUGGCGUGGUUGUGUGUCAGUUUCGCUGGGACCCGCGGUCGAUGCCGGUGAGGAGGGGGAUGGGCGCCUCUGCGAAUGUAAGGAUCCGAGACAGAAUCAGAGCCCUGUAUCACAUACAGCAGCAUAUACCCCAUUAUAAAUAGCGACUGUAAAUAUACAAUACACUAAAAUAAAUGGAUUUAUCCAACGGGGAUCUAUAAUAGACACUCAAUGGAUGCAGUGCACCUGAACAGGACAGGGAAUUUAACUUUCCGCCUAUGCGUGGGAGACACUAAGAAGUUUGUUUCCUACCCCUGGAGAGGGAGCUACUUUUAAGGGCAAAGGAUACAGGAGACUCCGAGGCCGGCCCACAGGCCUACUGGUCUGGUUGGAUUUGAUGUUGGGAUACUCUGAGGACUUUCUACUGUACAUGAAUUUGCCUCGCUUGUACAAGUUUGGAAUGUCUCUUUAGGUCCCCCAUGACCGUGAGCCGUGGGCUACGGCUCAGCGGCGCCCCACCUCUGGAGUGGUCUGUUGCUGUAGUUGGGACCCUGUGAUUCCUCUACUCAUCUCUCCUCCUCCCCCCCCCCAUCCCAUCCUGUCCCUCCCCUCCCCCUCCCCUUCCUCCCCCUCUUCCCCCCCUCCCACGCGUCGCUGUGCCGGACGUCAUGAGCAUAGUAAUCGCACUGGGAGUCACCACACCUGAAACGUCUUACUCAGAUAUGGCUGCUGGAUCAGACCCUGAGUCAGUUGAAGCAAGCCCUGCCGUGAAUGAGAAAAACUACAACAACCACAGCUGUGGGAGCGCACAGAGUCAUGGGUAUCGGGGACUACCAUAUGCUAUGCAACAGUCUUCCGUUGUGUGUUGUCAGGAUCACAACUAUGGCGCGCCCCCUCCCCCAACCCCACCCGCCUCCCCGCUCUCCCAAACCAUCAUUCCCCGCAUGGAUCUCAACGGCGUGGUACGCGGCUCCCACUAUCACGAAACUACCGAGGACAACUCCGCUGACAGCGACAGCUCCUCAGAGGAAGACGGGGCCGUGGCCAGCUGGUGUCACUGCAGCCUGACACCGGAUGGCCUGCUCAUCAAAUGUGACAACUGCAGUGGACUCGACAGGAGGAAAGGAGCAGAAGGCCAACACAGAAAAACAGAAAAUGUCUCAGCUGGAGAGAGCAGUGCCACUGAGAGUGGUGACGAAGAGGUGUCGCCCUCUACUAUUUCCUACACCGCCACUCAGCAUACACCCACCAGCAUCAAACUUACUGUCAACCGGGUCAAAAGGAGUAAAUCCAAAAAGAGGAAGAAGAGCACGGAGAAGGCCCGUGGAACGCCGAAGAGCAAGAAAGUCAAAGCUUUCAGAGAGGGUUCUAGGAAGUCCAUGAGGAUGAAGAACUCAACAACAGAGGCCAGCGUGUUGGAUGAGAACACGACAGAGGGAUGGGAGAGCAGGAUCCGCCAGUGGACGGACCAGUAUGAGGAGGCUCUGGCCAACCAGUACAGCGCUGAUGUCCAAACACUUCUCCAGCUUCACCGCGCUGCCAACGCCACUGUCUCAAAGGCUGAGAGUGGUACCACAAUGCCUCCUUCCACCACACAGAUCCACGCCUCAGUCGACUCCAUGGAUACCAUCAACCGCACCAAGCUGGCCUGUAACAACACAGUGCUUGGCUCACAGAUGCAGCUCCAGUUGGGGCGAGUAACACGGGUGCAGAAACAUAGGAAGAUCCUCCGAGCUGCCAAGAACUUGGAACCAGACACACUCAUAAUUGAAUAUCGGGGAAAGGUCAUGCUUAAACAACAGUUUGAAGUCAACGGGCACUUCUUCAAAAAACCCUACCCGUUUGUGCUGUUCUACUCAAAGUUUAAUGACAUAGAGAUGUGUGUAGAUGCAAGGACCUUUGGAAAUGACGCCCGCUUCAUCAGGAGGUCCUGUACACCCAAUGCUGAGGUCCGGCAUAUGAUUGCUGACGGCAUGAUCCACCUGUGCAUCUACGCCGUCAGUCAAAUCUCAAAGGACGCUGAGGUCACCAUUGGAUUUGACUAUGAUUUCAGUAGCUGCAAUUACAAAGUGGACUGUGCCUGCCAUAAGGGCAACCAGAACUGCCCGGUGCAGAAGCACAACCUCAGCCCCAGGGAGAGCUUGCUGAACCCCCCGUCCCUGCCGCCUCCCACUCCUCUGGUUGGUGCCGAGACCCGACGCAGAAAAGCCUGGAGGAGAGAGCUGGAGGGCAGCAUUGCUGGUGAUGGCAACCAGAUCCUGGACCAGCACCAGGAGGCCAAAGAACUGCAGGGGGCCAGUGAUGCAGAGGAGAGACUGCUGGAUGAGGUGAAGGUUGAAGAGGGAGAGGAAGGAGAGGUGGAUGAAAAUGGGGUCGCCAUCUCCACUAAAAGAACAUGUAACAGUCUGGAAAGGAGGCGAAAGAGAGUGGGGGGAACAGAGGUAAAGGAGGAGGGUGUGGAAACUGAGGAUGGGGCAGGAAACCUCGCAGAGAACACCCCCAUACCCCAUAACACUGGAGUGGGGGUCAGCACACGACGCACCACCUAUGUCAUGGAAGUGCCAUCUAUUGAAGAGAAGACCUCAUUACCCAACCUGCCUGCCCCAGUUGCUCCCCCUAAACCUGCACGACCUACCAAACCUCGGCCCAAAAGUCGGAUUUCUCGCUACCGGUCAAGUUCUUCCCAGCGUGCCCGGCGGCAGCGCCAGGCCCUCGCCCAGCAGGCAGCAGCGGCUGCUGCGGCUGCAGCAAUGGCAGCGGCGCCAUCAUCGGCUGAUCAGGGUGCUGCACUGGACGAGGAGGGAUCUCAGGGCCCGUAUGGUGCUGAACAUGGCAGUGGAGAGAGCAGUCUGGGGGGUCAUCUCCUAGAUGGAGAUGGCCAGGGUCUAAACUGCAUAAAUCGAGGCAACCUUCGCUAUCCCAAGACCAAGAAGUACCUGGUGACAGAGUGGUUGAAUGACAAGGUCCCUGGAGGGGAGAAGGUCCACCAAGAGGUGCCUGUUGAGCGCCUGCUGCGGAUAACCACUGACCCCACGGUGCUGGCCACCACCCUCAACAUGCUGCCAGGCCUCUCCCACUCAUCACUCAUAUGCACCACACCCAGACACUACGUUCGAUUCGGCUCCCCAUUCAACCCUGAGAGACGGCGGCCCCGCCCACUCCAAAUGGACGGCACUUACGGCUGCUACAAGAAGAGAUGGAUAAAGCAGCUGGAGGAUGAGAGCUGUUCGGCCAGUGUGGAGGACGGCACAGAGUCCACCUCCUCCCAGCAAAGUACUAGUAGCAGAUCCACCCCCAACCCCCUGUCCAGCGAAGUCAUUGCACCUUUUAAGAAACGCCGCUCCAAGUAUAUGGCAGAGACAACCCCACCACCUUUGGACCACCUGCUUCGCCCACUGUCGCCCAUCACACCGCCACUCCCAGAGGACUCCCUCCACCCGUUGCUCCACACCACCUGUGGCUCCCUGCUGCAUAACGGCCUGAUCUACUCACCCAUGACCUCACUGCCCACCAGCCGCUGCAAUACACCUCUGCAAUUUGAAAACAUAUCAUCCCCUGAGGCUUCUCCCGUUCACCGGCCAGAGUCCAUCUCUCCUGAGCCAUGUCUUCAGACAGACUUUGACGUUCCUCGGCCUCAGUUCCCAGACCUGUCACUCCCCUCCAGCUUGGAGAGCCCUGUGGCUGUGACCUCAGACGAUUUUUCCCUUCCUGGAGGCCCUUCAGGCCCCGACUCCCAGGGUCCAUCAUCUGUAGGGAACAGUUCCCUAAACCCAGUGUCCUGUCCCUCAUCAGACCUAACCCCCCAAAACAGGGAGCAGGCCUUCAGGACAGAGUUUAACCUCAUAUACACCUGCUCGCCCCUCAACGCAAACCUGGGGAACCCUGUGGCCACGGACCUCCGCCUCUCCCAGUCAGAAGGUGGUUUCUCCCCAGCAGAGUCCUUCCACAGUUCCAUUAGCGGCCAGGGGCUUCUGGGAGAUGUGGGCCCCGGCCCCAUGUCACCCUAUGGCGAACCUCAUUAUGGGGGAGGCUACCCGGAUAGUGGAACACCUCCUCACACCAGCAACCCACCACAAAAGAAGAAGAGGGCCAACCAGCAUACCAUUAGUCUGCUGACAGGAAAGCCAGAUUACCAGGCUAUAGCUGUAAGAAGUGAAUACAAGCCAGUACAAAAUAUGGUGUCUUUGCUGGAGUACCGUAAGAGGAAGCAGAGCAGUGGUCGCGACUCGGAGCCAGUCGGCAGUAGCUCAUCUCUGGGUAGCACCCCCACCAGGCCUGGCUCCCACUACAGCCAGGAAUCCCAUCAUUCCCAUACCCAUUCCCAUUCCCAUCAGCAGAUGCAGUCCCUGGCCUCCCCGCACAGCUCGUUCUCUUCCUCAGCACACUCCUCCUCCAUCCCACAGAUAGAGGAGGUCAGUCCUCCAGACCACCAGGGCUCGUCCAGACGCCAGGACAGCAACAACCAAUGGAUGGUCCCCACUACUGUUGAACGUCUAAGGGAAGGUCAGGGGGGUCUGGAGCGAGUGCUAAGAAGCAUCAAGAUGGAGCGGAUUCAGAAGAGGAGUGAUGGCUCUACAGAGAAGGAAUCUGAUGCAGAUCGAUAUGAGGUGCAGGCAGCAUCCAUGGCUUCUCCCAUGAAGAGUCCACACAGAUACAGUCCCUCUGUGUACUCUCACCAGUCAUUAGAAAGCCACCAGCAGACCGACAGUCCGUCGUUUCUCCAGCAGACCUCCAAUUCUCCAUUCCGGGGUUCUUACAGUCCCUCAUCAGGCCAGAGCUUCUACCCUCGCCCCUCCUCCUCUCUGUCCCAGGACCACCCUCCAUCCUCCUAUCCCAGUCAGACUCCCACCUCUUCCUCAGACUCCAGGCCGCCAGCAGGCUCUGUGCACCAGCAGAGUGGCGGUAGUAAUGUGGACGGAGGUCAUGGCUAUGGCAGUAGCCACUUAAAAGCGAGCCUCAUGAACAGCAGUGGCAUGGUGGGGAGCCCCAACCCGGGACCCAGGGCCCACGGGCAGACUAAAAUUGACUUGGGCGCUCAGGCCUCCAGAGGGAGUCAGCAGCAGGCCUCUCGCAGCCUGAAGUCAGGCAGCCCUGGCCAGACGGCGCUGCAGGCCGGCUCCAGGCUGCUGUCGGCCUCUGGACCGACACACUACCCACAGCGAGGGACAAGCCUCAGUCAGUUCCAGCACUCCCCCCUCCAGGGACCCGGAAAAAAAACAAAUUACCACAUUCUGCACAGAGCUAAUCAUUGACUUUGGACAUCAUCACAGAAUCAGUGGAAAAAGCGAUUUGGAUGAUGCAUUCUGCAGAAAAACAAGAAAUCAAAUGUAACUUGAAAUUUUCCCCAGUGUUUCCUCACGUGCCGGACUGUGCAAACAGGCUCUAUAUUGUCGGAGAGUAAAAACUUCCACAAAAAAAAUGUCUGUAAAAUGUUCUAAAAUGCCGUACCUGUCGUCAUGGUACCCAGGUUGGAUAAAUGUUGAGAUGCAUAUGUAACUGAAAGCAAGAGUUGUUUUAUUUUAAAAAACAUUUUCAUUGUCAAUGUUACUCUUUUUGAUUUGGCGGGUGGCCGAGUCUGUGCUGCAGUAAACAAGUGUUUGAUUUGAAAAGGGGGAAAUAAUACAAGCAAAGGCAACAUGUUAAUCAUCCGUUCUAAAGAUGCAUUAGAGAGGCAGGGGGAAGGGUUUCUCCUUGGAUACGAUCAUUCCACAUGAUUACCAGCUUCCACGUUCUCUCACUAAACAUGAAAACAGACACCCUUUUUUCUCUAGGUUUUCCGUCUGUUCCAAUAUUCUGUUGUUUUGGGUUCUCUUCUGUUCUCUCAUCUCCACUGGACUGUUUGAUUUCACAUUAGGACUACUUCACUGUAGACUUCUGAUAUUGUACUUGAGACGUACAGGUCUUAUGAUUCAUGGUGCUGCAUUCUUGUUUUUUCCAAUAAAUUUGAAAUCCAGUUAUGUUCCCCACCUA